AUGGCAUAUUAUCAGCAACAAGGAAUCAACCAGAAUCCUUCGAAUUUGCAGUUUUAUUCGCAACAGGGACAGACGCCGUUUGCCGUGUCUGGGUCUAUGAAUACAGGAUCUGCUCCCGGUUACCAGUAUGGGUCUGACAUUAGUGGGUCCAUGGGCGACAACGUGCUGUCGCCCGGAAUUCUGGCUGCAUUUUCCACCAGUGGCUAUGCUGGGGAACCAUCUCUGCUGGAAGAGCUAGGAAUAAAUUUCUCGCAUAUCAAGUCCAAGACGCUGGCCGUUCUCAAUCCAAUGUCACGCGUCAGUCCUGAGAUCGCCACGGAUUCGGAUCUGGCUGGCCCCAUACUAUUCUGUCUGCUAUUUGGAACAUUGCUGCUUAUCGGGGGAAAGACACAUUUUGGUUAUAUUUAUGGAGUGGCUCUUUUUGGAACGAUUUCAAUUCACAAUCUGUUCAAGCUCAUGAGCAACCAGGAAGUUUCGCUGGAUAUCGUUGGCACUGCAUCGGUUCUGGGAUAUUGUUUACUUCCGUUGGUGAUAUUGAGCUUUUUUGCCGUGUUUUUUCAUCUGGAUAACACUUUAGGAUACCUGACUUCGAUAUUGGUGGUGUUGUGGUGCACAGUCUCUUCCUCAGGCUUCUUCGUCACUGUGCUCAUGCUGCAGAAUGCCAGACCGUUGGUGGCGUAUCCGCUAGCCAUGUUCUACAGCGUGUUUGCCCUUAUGGCAAUUUUUGUUGAGAAAAGCUGA